AUUUAAAUCUUUUAAUAUAUUUAUUCAAUGGCUUCCUAAAAUAGACCACCUUAAACUCGUCAAUUAACAAAACCAAAAUGUAUAUUUAUAAGUAUAGCAUUGUAGUUGAAAAACUCAGCGAAGUUAGACCAGGAAUUCAUGGAUAUAAUACCUUCGUCAAAGUAAGAAAUGAAAUUUGAAUAUCCUAGAUUGAAGAUAUCAAGAAAGAGCAAAUUAAAAGAUAUGACGGAUCAACUUUAGUUGUUGCUGAAGGAUUGGCUGGAGAUGAUACAGGAGUUAUUAGAUUCAGAGUUAUUGGAGAAUAUGCCAACAUUCUUGAAAAAGGUAAAUGUUAUGCAUGGAGAAACGGAUUGUCUGAAGUCAUCUAAGAAAGACACAGACUUUCACUUGAUUAAUUCGGACGUAUAACACCUGAAAAAGUAAAUUAAGCAAUCUAUAUUAUAGGAUGAUUUAGUUGUUGUCAACUAAAAUGGUAAAAAAUACUCUGAUGUUGAAUAUGUCAGAAAAGACCCAAGACCAAAUACCAACAACAAUAGAAGAGAUAACAGAAAUAAUAGAGAUAAUAGAGACAAUAGAGAUAAUAGAGGUGAUAGAGAAAAUAGAGACAAUAGAGGUGAUAGAGAAAAUAGAGAUAAUAGAGAAAAUAGAGACAAUAGAGGUGAUAGAGACAAUAGAGAUAACAGAGAAUAAAGAAGACCUUAAGGAAAUAGAAAUACCAGAGGAGGAAAUUAAAAGAGAGAUUGAGUUAGUCAAUGUAUCGAACAUUAUAACAUAUUUACACCAUCAAUUCAAUAUUAG